AUGUUGGUGAUGCUGCAGCAGCUAGCAACAGAAGCAGAAAAGGUAAGCGAAGCAGCACUAGAAAAGGUUGUGGGUACGAGUAUACUACAAGCAGCUGAUUUAAAAAACAUACAAACGCAAGAGGAUCGCCAGAGUGCUGCAGCAGAGGAUGCAAAAGCAGCAGAAACUCUGCGUGCUGCUGCUGCUGCUGUUGAUGCUUUUGUUUCUUCAUCUGUUAUUAUACAUCAAGGAGUAAGACAUGCUGUAUUAGAAGACUUGCUGCAGAAGGAUGCAAUUGCUGCAGCAGCACCAAGCCCUGAGAUAGGAGAUGCAGCAAUAGCAGCAGCAGAUGCUGAAGCAGCAAAAACAGCAGAAGCAAAACGAGAAGCACAGAGACAAGUAGAUGCACUUGUAGAGGUUGCAGCAGCUAUCAUGGAGGGGAUGAAGGAGAAGGAGAAGAUGAAGCAGCAGAAACACAAGAAGAAGAUGAUGCUGCAGCAGCAGCAACACAAGAAGCAGAUGAUGCUGCAGCAGCAACAACACAAGAAGCAGAUGAUGCUGCAACAACACAAGAAGUAG